AUGAUCAGGGAAACAGCUGAAACAGACGUCUUUGCCAUUCCCGACUUCUGGAAGACAUCCAGAUGCCUGGAUCAACAAGCGACGAUACCAACCUGUUGUUUUGGACCAACAUCGGAUGAGCCGGGCCAGGACGAACCCAAGUUGCUACCUCUGCAACCAUUAAACCGCGAUAGGGAAGGCUUCUUUCGUAUACCUGAAUCAGCGUCUGCUGAACCUGACGACCCAAAAAAUGCAGAGGAACUGGACCAGGCCUGCUCUACAGAUGGACUUGAAGGCGAAGUUGAGUCCGAGAUCGAUGUCUGGAUGGACUCUGCGAGCCCCAGCCUUGGGUUGGCGACGUUCAGAACCUGGCAGGCGUUCUACAACGGGUCGCCAGUGCCGUGUAGGCCAUCGUUCUUGAGCGAAGCCGGAUCGGGAGCUUAUGACGCGCUGCUUCACUGGCCGACAGAUCCUCUGGAUCUUCAAAACAUCGACACGCCGGUUGUUGAGACUAGACCCUAUUUUUCGUCACUGUUGGCAUUGAGCCUUGGGCGGGAAUCCGUCUUCUUCUCGAAGGAGCCGGAGAAAGGGACGUUUAAGAGAACAAUAUCGACAUGCCGAGUCCCUGGGUACACAUGGCAGGUUCUUCAGGGAGUAGAGGCUCUGGCAAUGGAGUGUGGCUCCACAUACUCGGCCCUCGGAGCGUUUUCACAGUCGUUGUAUGCCUCAACAAGUCGCUGCGCAGUAGCCCUCGCUAGUUCCAUCCAAAGAAUAUUGGAGGCUGUUGAGUAUCGCGUCAUUGUGGAUGGGUGCCGACCGCAAUCAUUGCUGCAACUCCAGUCAUGCGUCCAACAGGCCUCGGCAGUUCUUCAACCUCUACGAGACCUCCAGGCCCGAACGCCCCGGAACUCUUCUGACCAAGAAAUUCUGUCAGUUGUUUUCCAGGAAGCUGCAACGCGCGAAUGGAGCGACAAGUCUAUUCAGGAUAUUCUAUACGAGAUGCUACGACGUGUAUCUAACCCCUGGAUUGAGUCUGUCGAAGAGUGGCUGGGGAUCCGGCCCGAGGUGGGCAUGCCUUUUACCAAAGCAAGCCUUGGAGCAGUGAAGGGAUUUGUCAAGGUAGACGUCGAGGUGCUGACAGACGACUUGGGACGAAGAUGCGAAGACGUGGAUUUCCGGCUCGACGCCGAUAAAGUACCGCAGUUCUUACCCAUGGACAUUGCUCGGUCAAUCUUUGAAACCGGCAGGAACCUCCGAUUCAUAGCAGAGUUUCAUCCCCAACAUCCCCUGUCCCAGCCAGAGUUGAUCAUGGCUCAAAGACCCCCCAAAGCCGGGUGGGUGUUUGAUUGGGCGUCAGUAUCCCAUCUGGAGAGGCACAUCCAACAAUAUCAGAGCAACUUGCUGCAGAAGAUGCAGCAGAGCCGGUUAGACUCUUCAAACAAUUUUUGCCAAUCUGGGGAUCCCCAAGUGGGACAAACAACCGGGUUCGCGUUGGAACUUUUCGGGUUGGACGAGGAAGUACUGGAACAACGAUUGCUCGAAUCAAUGACUCGACUAAAUCAGCCUUUGAAAGAGAGAUGCAAUACCGAUUCACUCGGCCGGCUUGUCAGGGAAAGCUCUUCUAGAGAUGAAGACGGUGACUUGGGGGUCGCGGACGAUAAACCACAUUGGUCCCUGGUGCCUAUCCUGUCAUUUGGUGGCAUAGUGUCGGCGCAAGCACGCAUUGUCAAUCGGGAAAGCCUGCGUCUGCUUUUCGCGGCGCAUGGCAUCCAGCAGCAUUUGAGAUUGCAGCGGGACUUCCAGUUGCUAGGGAAUGGCUUGUUUUGCAGCCGACUGUCCCAGGCCUUGUUCGACACGGAUCUUGAAACUGCCGAAAGACGUGCUGGCGUAGCACUUCAAGGAGGCGUCAUGGGCCUUCGUCUGGGAGGGCGGGCAACAUGGCCGCCAGCCAGCUCUGAACUUCGCCUCGCGCUCAUGGGGGUCCUCAGCGAAUCUUACGAGGGAGACGGCAGAUUGGAGAUGCCAAAGACACGGGGCUCAUGGGGCUACGAGGUUCCCAGCGCUGCUCCUUUGCCGGGGAACCUGAGCUUUGCCGUGCGCGACAUGUCGGAAGAAGAAAUCGACAAAUGUAUGGAUCCCGAUGCGUUGGAAGCUCUGGAUUUCCUCAGGCUUUCGUACACAACCCCUCCGGAACUGGCAUGCAUCAUCACACCGGUGCAUCUGAUGCAUUACGAUCGCAUCUUCAAGUUUCUUUUGCGAAUUCUGCGCAUGGUCUACACGGUGAACCAGUCAUAUCGAGACAUCAACUCUCGCCACCGGACUUCAUGGUUUGGGGAGAACGCAGCCCUCAGGUUCGUCCGAGAGUCGCAGCAUUUCGUGAGCAGCGUCGCAUCCUACUUUCUGGACAGCGGCGUCGCCAUUGCGUGGCAGGCGUUUGAGCAAAGGCUCGAUAAAAUGCGGGUUGAGCUCGACGACGCGGACGCGUGCGUGCCGAAGGCCGUCUACAGGCCGAGUCAAGUUCGGGACAUGCACUCACGGGUACUCGAGAGGAUAAUGCACGCCCUCUUCCUGCGGAAACGCCAACAGCCAGUGAUUCGACUCUUGGAGGAAAUAUUCGCCAUGGUCCUGUCGUAUGCGAAGCGUUUAAGACUGCAGGCCCUGGGGAUGGCGAAUGAAGAGGCAGGUGAUGACGCAGAAACCGCUGCGUUGUAUGCACAGUUCAAAAGAAAGCUGCAAAUAUUCAUCACCGUGUGUCGAGGAUUGUCGGAAAAGGGGAGGGCGGGCAACCAAACAUUAGCUGAGGGCACAAUAUCGGACGAGGCCGGCAUCGGGGACGACGGCUUGAUUGCGCAGCUGUUGACAAAGCUGGACAUGGGCGAUUAUUACUGUAGGCAUUGA